AGAUCUUCUUUGCCAGGGGAUGUAAACAUCUCGAAAACAAUUUCCCGAAAAAAAAACGUGUGAUGGACACGUAUUGCCACAAAAACUAUAAAGCUUCUGAUUUUAUUGUAGUUUGUAUAAAAAAAACAUCAACUAGAUCCCUGAAGUAAAAAGAACUGAGUUUGAAAGAAAAAAAACAAGAAGAAGAAGAUACUGAUCAUGAGUGAUUUCGCCAAGAAGUUUAAUUUAAAAAGUCCAGCCGUUAAAAGGUUAAUGAGAGAAGCAGCUGAGUUAAGUGAGCCUACUGAACAGUAUUUUACACAACCACUCGAGGACAAUCUUUUCGAAUGGCAUUUCACAGUGCGUGGACCACCAGACAGUGAAUUUGCGGGAGGUCGGUAUCAUGGUAGGAUAACAUUACCGCCAGAAUACCCGAUGAAGCCACCAAGUAUUAUACUGCUUACACCGAAUGGACGAUUUGAACUGGGAAAGAAGAUAUGUUUAAGCAUGUCUGCACACCAUCCAGAAACAUGGCAACCAUCAUGGAGCAUUCGUACUGUUUUGUUAGCAUUGAUUGGUUUCAUGCCAACUAAAGGUGGAGGUGCAAUUGGUGCUCUUGAUUACACAGCAAACGAAAGAAAACUACUUGCUGAAAGGUCGUUAAAUUGGAAAUGUGAAGGAUGUGGGAUUGACCAUCAAACAUGUUUACUUGAAGUUGAUCCGGAACAUGAAAAUACAGAAUUAAAAGAAGCUAGAGAACUCGCUGCUCAAAUCGAUUUUAAGGGUGAAAGUGCGAAAUCGAAAAUUAAUCAAAGUCAAGCGCCGCAACCUAACCAAGCGCCGCAGCCUAACCAAGCGCCAUUUCAACCUCAAAACUUCCCGCCGAACUUCCAGCAGCAACAAGCAUAUAUGGCACAAUAUCAUAGUAUGUUUAACCAACACGGUUUAUUAUCGAGUGUACAGUCUACACCAAGCCCCCAACAAACUGUUUCCUCCAAUACGGUGGAAGGUCCAACACACACCACCAACAUCACAGAGUGUAAAACUCCAGAGAAUACAAACACUGAAAAUCUACGACAACGUGCAAAUAUUAACUCACAAACACCUACAACGGAGGUCCAAAAUGAUGAUUCACCUGCAAGCACUCCGGCGCAGAGGAUAAACACGCACGGUCAUUCCAGGAUUGACUCGAUCAUUGUCAUCUUAAUGUGGAUUAUAACUGCAUUCUUAGUUCUAUUGAUUUUAAGACGUUUGGUGCUGGAAGGAACAAACAUGGCGAAAAGUUAAAUGUUUGCCGAAAUGAAUCAGUUGUUAAAUAUUAUUUUUUAUUUAUUAUUUGCAAAAAUAUUUUUAAACUGAAUCUGAAACAAGUAGAUAGUGCACACGUCAUACUCAAUCCUUUACACAUAUUCCGCAACUGGAUAUUUUCUUAGCUUUUCAUUUGAUCUCAUUUAAAUGCAACUGCUUGUUGUUUACGGCUGCGAAAGAGACCCUGGAAAAACUACAUUCUAAUGAAACGCCGUUUUGUUCAAAGUAAGACGCUUUUUUUUGAAUUGCGCGUGUUAUCAGAGUCUACCUUCUGUACGUCAUUGGUGAUAAUAUCAGUGUCGGUUCUCGUGGUAAAUAUAGAAAUCAUUUUGUAGAAUUUAUUAAAUCAGUUUUUACUUCAAAAACGAUUUAUACAUGUACCUUUUUCUAUGUGCUUUUUAGUAUUUUGUCUUCAGUCUGCGAUUCUAUUAAAACAAGCAGUAUUUUGUUUUCCUAUGAAGAAUUACUUAAAUAACGUUUUUCUGUAAUAUUUUGAAUUUGUCUAAGGAUCAGUAAAGAGCACGAAAGAAUUUCAAAACCCCAACGAGUCAUUUGCAUUUCGGAUAAGAUUUGUGUGGUCAGUUGAACAGAGUUCCCGUAUAUUGUCUGAUAUUCAGCAAAGCAUACAUAUUCCCCAUGCAACAUUUUUAAGCCCGGGAAAACCAACUUUGUUGCAAAAGGGUGAUAAGAUCGUGUAUCACACAUUUUGAACACAAAGUUCGAAUUCGACAAAAUGGAUCGUGUAUCGACCGUGUAAAACAACUUGAAAAAAUCUGGUCAACUACAGUGUUUUGCCUUCAACUGCGUGAUUAGUGUUAUGUAACGGCGAACUUAGUUCGAACUGUUUUUGUUUUAUUGAUAACCUUGUGUAAAUAUUUGAUUUGAUGCUUAUUUCACUAGAAGAGGAUGUGCGGACAUUCUCAUAUUCUUCCUUUUUGAAUUAAAUUACUAUUAAUGCUGCUUUCAUACCAAUAACAACGACGUUUGUCGUGAUAGUAAUUAUUAGAGAUUUGGCAAUUUUGAUUUAGAAAUAUACAUUUGUCACGUUAAUUAAAGAUGUGUUAUUUUUACCAUUUUUGUCACAACUAGACCACAAGAAAUCACUAUAUUAGUCAUCACACGGUAAUGUGAAUAAGAAUUCCGCAAGUUCACUUUAAGUAACUAAUGAAUAAUUAAAUAUUCUCUUUUUAAUUUCUUGUAAAUAAUCACAGGUCGAAA